CGGACUAUUAGUGAAUAUACUUGGCCGAGUAUUCGGCUCAGCGCCCACGGCCAUAGAUAGAUCAAUAAAUUCCUUCCUGAAGUGUCUGGAAUUAGCAGGUAGUUAUACGCUAUAUAUCACUCUUCUACACAUAAUUAAAUGCCUCAGAUUGGUUAUUAUCUAUAUUUAUGAUACAGUCCUAGGCGAAAAUGUCGACAAUCCGCCACAGCGUCCUCAUUAUUGGCAUAAAGUUCAAUGCCCCUAUUCCAGAUCAUUUCAGAGAUGUAUUCGGGCCAGCAGAGGGACUCGCCGCAAAGCUGGAAGCCGACAGUGCGCGUGCUGCCAAAGCCGGAUUCAACUGCCAUCUGCAUCAGCUCGAUCCAGUCCAGCCCGAAGAAGCACUCAGGGAGCUUGAGGCAAAGCUCAAGACCGGUUCAUAUUGCGGUGUGAUGUGGGGCGGUGGCCUAAGACUCUUGCCAGAAAAGACGGCUUUGUUUGAGGCAAUCAUCAAUUUGUUCAGGGAGUUGGUGUCGAAUGUCCCAUUUAUGUUCAAUACGGGACCGGAUACCAUAUGUGAUGCUUUGGAGAGGAAUUUUGGGGUGAAAAUUGAAUAAGGGAAUCAAGUCAGUUUUUAACUGUGGUCAGGGAGGACUUGGACCUUUCUCUUAUAUGGAAAUGCCGAAGGUGGACACAUUGAAGGAC